AUGUCAGGUGCUCCUCAUAAAUCCAAAUCGCUAGUGUUUGAAGAGUUGAAGAGCUGCCAAAAACAUACUGCGCUCGCCCUCCAGUGGCCGAGGGAAUCGGCCCAAGGCCUCGCAAAAGACUAUGCGUGUCCGACAUCAGUUAUGGAGUGUUGCAAAAAAACAGCAACCCUUGCUUGGCUGGAAUGGGCCGAUACCACCUGGUGCUGGAGGGACGCAGACGAAGCGGCCUACAGUAUUAUUUAUUCGUUCACUGACCUUUGCAACUAUCGGUCAGGCGCCGCGAUAGUGCCCAAAGAUUCAGUCGACGUUUCUGGCCUGAAGACGAUCUUGAAAGGCGUUUUCAGCUGCCCUCUAAAAGAGACGACAACCGGCCAGACAAACAACGGCAAUUAUGGGCACACGUGUGUGUCCCAUGAAAAGAGGGCAGAUGAAGAUUAG